AAAUCAAGAUGAUGCGCUUCUCGUCGAUGCUGGUUCGCAAUGCCAAAUUGUGUGCAAAUGUCAACCAAAUGCAAGUCGCCGCAUUUUCAAGCAAAGCUCCUGAAAUGAUCAAGAUCGAGAAAGUUGGAGAGAAGCAAAAUGUUGCUCUUAUCAAGCUGAAUAGACCAAAAGCUUUGAAUGCUUUGUGCGCUCAGCUUAUGACUGAAUUGGCUGAUGCUCUCGAAGUUUUGGAUACUGAUAAGUCUGUCGGAGCAAUUGUGAUUACUGGAAGUGAGAGAGCUUUUGCCGCUGGAGCUGAUAUCAAGGAGAUGACCAAUAACGAGUUCGCCACCACAUUUUCUGGAAGCUUCCUCUCCAACUGGACCGCUGUCAGUGAUGUGAAAAAGCCAGUUAUUGCUGCAGUGAACGGAUUUGCAUUGGGAGGUGGAAACGAGUUGGCAAUGAUGUGUGAUAUUAUCUAUGCCGGAGAGAAGGCUCGUUUUGGACAACCUGAAAUUAACAUUGGAACUAUUCCAGGAGCAGGAGGUACUCAGCGUUGGGCUCGCGCCGCCGGAAAAUCAUUUGCCAUGGAGGUGUGCCUUACUGGAAACCACGUGACUGCUCAAGAAGCUAAGGAGCACGGUAUUGUGAGCAAGAUUUUCCCAGCUGAUCAGGUUGUCGGGGAAGCUGUGAAACUUGGAGAGAAAAUCGCUGAUCAAUCUCCACUGAUUGUUCAAAUGGCAAAGGAGGCCGUUAACAAAGCUUAUGAGCUUACUCUUCAAGAGGGACUUCACUUCGAAAGACGACUUUUCCAUGCCACUUUUGCCACCAAGGAUAGAAAGGAAGGAAUGACCGCUUUUGCCGAGAAGAGAAAGCCACAGUGGGAGUCGAAAUAGAUGCGCAUCUACAGAUAAGAGAAGAAGAUGAUUCAAAGUGCCUAGUUGAAUUUCUUGUUUUAUUAUUUUUAUUGUGUUUUGUAUUUUUUCUGUAUUUUACGGUUAGUUUCUUCUGCCAUUGAAAAUAAAUAUAUAUGUAAA